AUUGAACAGGAGUACUGGAGAACUAUCGGGAAUGGUGGUGAACCGAUGUAUGGUGCUGAUACCACUGGCUCCUUGUUUGAUGAGCGAACCAAGCAUUGGAAUGUGGCGAACCUGGACAACUUGCUCAAUAGACUAAAAUUGAAGCAGAAGAUACCUGGCGUGAACACACCCUACCUGUAUUUCGGAGCAUGGAGAGCAACUUUUGCUUGGCACGUCGAAGACGCUGACUUGUAUUCGAUCAACUAUAUCCAUUUCGGUGCCCCUAAAUUUUGGUAUUCAAUCCCUCAAGAACACAAUGAUCGGUUCGAAAGCUUCAUGGCCUCUUCGUUUGCAAAAGAACGUUUUGCGUGCCCUCAGUUUCUUCGUCACAAAGCCUUUUUAGCUUCGCCGUCGGUACUGAGCCAAUGCGGUAUACAAUUGAAUAAAGUGGUCCAUCUCCCUGGAGAAAUCAUUUUGACAUACCCAUAUGGAUAUCAUUCGGGAUUCAAUCUUGGUUAUAAUUGCGCUGAGAGUGUGAACUUUGCUAAUGAACAAUGGAUUGAGAAAGGCAGGGUCGCUAAAUCGUGCAAGUGCAUUGAUGAU